ACAAUCAAGUUUAAGGAUCAGGAUCUUCAAUCUAGUGAUCAAGAUUGUACUUUGUGUUCUGUAUGUUAUUCGCGUCGUUUUGGACAGUGGGCCUCUAAAAGCCACUUGCUAUGGCUGUCCUGAGGCGAACAUUACAAGCGAGGGUGAAGUUUCUCACGACUUCAAUACGAGACCGAACGGCCAUGUUAACUGGGUGGCCAUAUUAUGGGUUGACCGUCCCUUGCCAUUAUGGGGCAUUCAGGUUGCCCUCUCGGUGAUAUGCUUAUCAGAGGCCUUAUUGUUAGCUUAUUUAGGAUAUAAGGGUAACAUCUGGCAACAAUUAAUGAGCUUUAAUUUCAUCUUGGAACUAGUAAAUAAUGUACCUUUUAUCAUUACGCUUUCCUGGCCACCUCUCCGUAACCUCUUCAUACCAGUAUUUCUCAAUUGUUGGCUAGCUAAGUAUGCUCUUGAAAAUAUGUUUAAUGACUUACAUCGCGCUCUCCAGAGGUCGCAGUCAGCGCUGUCCCAGAGGUUGAUGGUUCUGUCGGUAACACUUUUGUGCUUGAUUUUUACUAGCGUCUGUGGAUACCAACACUUCCAAAGAGCAGGAAGCCUUCAUGUUAACCUGUUUGAAAGCCUGUACUUUGUUGUGGUGACCUUCUCUACUGUAGGUUAUGGUGAUUACCGGCCUGACUGUUUUCCAUCUCAGUUGUUUAUGGUGGUGAUGAUUUGUGUCGCUCUAAUCGUUCUACCCACUCAGUUUGAACAACUUGCUUACACGUGGAUGGAACGCCAGAAACUUGGCGGGACCUAUAGUAUGCAUCGUGCUCAGAGCGAGAGACACGUGGUUGUGUGCAGCACUACCCUUCGGGCAGACACCAUCAUGGACUUUCUGAAUGAGUUUUAUGCUCACCCUCUCUUGCAGGAUUACUAUGUGGUACUUUUGUCGCCUUGUGAGCCGGAUACUACUACCAAAAUGAUUUUACAAGUUCCAAUGUGGGCUCAAAGAGUCAUCUAUAUCCAAGGGUCUGCGCUGAAAGACGCAGACCUCACUCGAGUCAGGAUGAAUGCUGCAGAAGCUUGCUUCAUCCUCACUGGAAGAAAUUACGCCGAUCGAAGUGCAGCG